AUGAUCGCUCUCAUCCUCCUCGGACUAUUGCUCGGUGUCCACGCGAAAAUAGUUUCAGUGGAUGUAGAAGGAAAGUUCGUUUGCAAGCCAAAGUCCGACGCUGCAGUCUACGUUGAACUGAAAGAGCGAGAUUUAUUCGGAGACGACGUUCUGGCAUGGGCUAAUGCGAAUACACGUACUCGUUUCGUAUUGCAUGGAGAAGAGAAUGAGAUAUUCGACGUCGAGCCCUACCUCGUGGUCAAGCACGAUUGCGCAGGCGAUAACGAGGUACUCACCAUAAACCUCGGAAAGUUAAGUGGCAGUCAAAGGUUCGAGCUAGGAGACAUCAAUUUAGCGGGUCCGAAUUGGAAAGAAGAAAUGAGGAACGAUACUGUGCAAUCAACUCAGGAACCCCUUUGA